CAGGCAGCUUUAUAUGGUGGGUUUGUGUUCCUUGCUGUCAGGUUCUCCAGAGAUGGAAACAAGGAGGUUAGAGGGGAAAUGGGAGAAUGAAGAGCCGGACACUGAGGAUCCUCUGGACACAAUAAAGAGGGAAAUGGAUCCCGUUCCUGGGGCCGGUUCCCCAGAGGCACAAGCAGAAAUGUUACAGAUAAAGACAGAGAAAGAAGAACUGGACUGUGGAGAUGAUCAGAACCCAAAGGAAAGCUCAGCAGUUCCACUUACUGAUGGGGCUUCCCCAUUGGCUGAAUCAGAAAUAUUACAGAUAAAGAUAAAGGAGGAAGAACUGGAAUCUGAAGAUCAUGUGACCCCAAUGGAAGCUGAUGGGGAGAGCUGCUGGGCGGAUGAAGAGAAUAUACACAGAAACUGGUUAAACCACUGGGGGCCAAAAGACCCACAAUCUGGGGAUUCCUGCACUUUGGGACCAGCCAAUGAGCUGUCAGAUGUCUCUGGAGAAUUAACUGGGCCUGCGAGGCACACGCCCAGCUCCAGAUAUGGAUUUAGUUCUACAACAUCAGGAUUUAUCUGCCAUAAAUGUGGCAAAUGUGUUUCUCGGAGGCAAGAGCUUGACACCCACCCUUGUGCCUGCGCUGGGACGUACAGUGGUACUGAGUAUCACAGAGAACAUGCCACGCCCACUUGCACUCAGCUGGGAUUUAACCCUGAUGUGCUGCACAGUCUUCACAUUCCUCAGCAGGUGCACACGGGGGAGAAACCAUUCACCUGCACCGAGUGUGGGAAACGAUUCUGUCACAAGAGCUCCCUUAUGGCACAUGAGAGGGUUCACACGGGAGAGAAACCGUUCACGUGUGCACAAUGUGGGAGGAGUUUCACUAUUAAGAACAGACUCACCAAACACCAGAAAAUGCACUCGGGGGAGAAACCAUUCACUUGUACAGAAUGCGGGAAAAAAUUCUCCAUAAAAGAGGAACUGCAGAAACACAUGCGGAUGCACACGGGGGAGAAACCUUUCGCUUGUACAGAGUGUGGGAAAUGUUUCCCUUUAAAAAACAGGCUGACCACACACCAGAGGAUUCACACCGGGGAGAAACCAUUCACCUGCACACAAUGUGGGAUAAGUUUCUCUUUAAAGAGUCGGCUUAACAUACACCGGCGAAUCCACACAGGAGAGAAACCCUUCAAGUGCACAGAAUGUGGCAAGAGCUUCUCUAUGAAGAACAAACUGCAGAAACACGUGAGGAUGCACACGGGGGAGAAACCGUUCACAUGUACGGAAUGUGGGAGGAGUUUCUCUUUAAAGAACAGGCUCAUUGCUCAUCAGAGGAUCCACACAGGAGAAAAACCCUAUAAAUGCAAAGAAUGCGGGAAAAGUUUCUCUUUAAAAAAGGGUCUUCAGAAACACCUGCGAAUGCACACUGGGGAGAAACCCUACGCAUGCACAGAAUGCGGCCGAUGUUUCUCUUUGAACUGCAGCCUCCGCAGGCACCAGAGGAUCCACACCGGGGAGAAACCCUUUCAGUGCAAAGACUGCGGGAAGAGUUUCUCCAUAAAGAACGACCUUCAGAAACACGUGAGAAUUCACACGGGGGAGAAACCUUUCACUUGCACUCAGUGCGGCAAAUGCUUCUCUCUAAAGAGCAACCUUCAGAGUCACAGUAAAACCCACACGGGGGUAAAACCAUUCGCCUGCCCUGAAUGUGGCAAGUGCUUCUCUCACAAGUGCAGUCUGCGCAAACACCAGAAGAGUCACAGCGACCCCAAACCUCUGAUAGAGAAGCCCUUCCAAUGCAGCGAGUGCGGCAAGGGCUUCUCCUACAAGUUCACCCUUCGGAAACACCAGAAAAUUCACGUAACGCUGUCAGCUUCCACAGAGGAGGAAAUAAUUCAGGUCCAGAUAAAGGAAGAACCAGAAUCAGAGGACGAGAGUCUAGAGGAAAACUGUUGUUGGGAGAGUGAGAGCCAUUCAGUUAACUCUAAAGUGUCCAGUUUCAUGUGCAGAAGAUGCAGCAAAUGCUUCGCUGCUAAAUCCUCCCUUCACAAACACAACAGAAUCCAAACGGGGGAGAAACCAUACACCUGCACAGAAUGUGGCAAAAGCUUCUCGCGUCUGAGCUUCUUCCGUAUUCACAACAGGAUCCACACUGGAGAGAAACCAUUCACCUGCACUGAGUGCGGCAAGCGUUUCACCAACGGCACCAGUCUCUGUAACCACCAGAGAACUCACACGGGAGAGAAACCAUUCACCUGCGAGGAAUGCGGAUCUUUAUUUGCUGAAAGGAGCGCCCUGCGCUGGCACCAGAUCAUUCACAGCGAUGAGAAGCCGUUUGUAUGUACAGAAUGUGGGAGCCGCUUCUCUUUGAGGGACUCGCUUCUCAGGCACCAGAGAAUUCACAGAGGAGAGAAACCAUUCACCUGCAGAGAAUCCUGCUCCUGUGUCCCUGACAUUCCCAUCCCCUGUACUCACAUCUCCAGCCUCAUCUACUGGGACAGACCUUCUGAUGGAUCUCACGCACUUCUGAUACACAGUGAGUGUGGGGCCCUCCUCUCUGCACACAGGGCCCCGCCCAUUCUCAACAUGGAGUCACACGUGUCCAGUUCUCCAGACACCGAAUCGCUGAGGUUAGAGGUGAAAUCAGAAAGUGAAGAGUCGGACACUGAGGAUAAUCAAUUGCCAGAAAAAAACGAAGGGGAUUCAGCAUCAGAGGCCGAUCUCGAAGAGGAGGAACCAGAGAUACUGAAGAUAAAAAUAAAGGAGGAAGAACCUGAUUACGAAUAUGAUUCGAACCCGAUGGAAAGCUCAGCGGGUGCGUUUAAUGACUGGGACACGAGCUGGAAUGGAGAAGAGACGUGGGAGUCUGACACAACCAGGCCGUGGACAAGACGCCGUGGCUCACAUGCAGCAGAAUCCAGUGAUCCAGACAAGGAGCCGUUACCUGGGGAUGGAGCUUUAAUGAGGAAGGUGCAGCUCGGAGCAGAUGAGGAUUCAGCAGUAAGCACAAAAUCAUCGGGUUUUAUAUGCGAUAAGUGUGGGAAGUGUUUCUCUACUAAGCGCUACCUGCAUUUACACGAUAGGCUGCACACAGGCGAGAAUCCAUUUAAAUGUACAGAAUGUGGCAAGUGUUUCUCAUGUAAGAAUAGCCUCCUCAUACACAAUAGGAUUCACACCGGGGAGAAACCCUUCUCGUGCACAGAAUGCGGCAAGAGUUUCUCCCGUAAGAGUUACCUUCGCAUUCACCAUAGAAUUCACACAGGGGAGAACCCCUUUACGUGUACAGAGUGUGGGAAAAGCUUCACCAAUAACACCAGCCUCCACGCGCACCUCCGAAUUCACACAGGGGUAAAACCAUUCACCUGCUCCGAAUGCGGGAAGUUGUUUUCCGACCUGAGCACUCUCCGCAGGCAUGAGAAUAUUCACAAGGCAGAGAAACCUUUCUCUUGUUCUGAGUGUGGGAAGUGUUUCACAUUGAAGGACACCCUUCGUAGACACGAGAAAAUACACACAGGGGAGAACCCCUUUACAUGUACAGAGUGUGGGAAAAGCUUCCGGCAAAAGAGCCACCUCCGUAGGCAUCAGACCACCCACACAGGGGCAAAACCGUUCACCUGUAAUGAGUGUGGCAAGUGUUUCACGGUGAAGGAUACACUACAUAGACAUCAGAAAAUCCACAUGAGAGAAACCUUUCACAUGUACCGAAUGUGGGAAACGUUUCUGUCCUAAGAGCAGCCCUUGAGAACGUUCACACGGGGGCACACCUUCCACCCAGAUAGAAAGUAACAAACUCUAUGGUGAAAGGGCCGCCAUGACCAGAAACCUUUUUUUGUCCACACACCGUGAGAAAGGUUUCAGCUAAACCAGCUUACUGUAUGGCCAUUCAAACAAAACGAGAUAUUUUAGAACGUUUUUAGAUUGUAGGACAAGCAGUCUCGAUGGGAUGAACCUGUUACAGGACAGACACAUAUUUAUUGUAAGUGUGUAGCUGCAGGUGACUACCAGAGUAAAAGACUCCGUGGCAUUUCAGCCUGACCAUUGUAUGUUUCAAUCCUCCGCAUGGGCUGAUAUUAGUGCGGCUGAUUGGGAGCGGUGCAUCUGCUGCAACUGUCAGUGCAAAGACCUAAUAGGUCACUGCUCCAAAACCCAUUCAGCCAUGUCCCUCACCACCCAUGCGAGAAACUGGCCACCCCUGCGAAAAACUGGCCACUCCUGCGAGAAACUGGCCACCUUCCUGGUGCCUCAACGAUCCUCCUGCUUGCCCUAGUGAUGGUGGCACGUCCCUAAGCAUGAUGGGAUAUUAAUGGAGGGACUGCAUUUGCCUUCAGCCGUCCCUAUCCUCAAGCUUUUCCUUUUAUUAUGGUAGUUAACUGUGAGUAUGAAUGUACCAAUACGUUUUGUAAUGAUGUGUAUGGCGUACGCUGUGACUCAUGAACUGAACCAGAAAUAUGAAGUUACAGCUUUUUCAAUGUAAUAUUUAGCUUCUAAGUUGAUUCCGAGUAUCUCGAUUGCUGGAGAGGGGUGAAUACGACUCCCCCAGGACAUCAAAAUGGAUUAUUUCCUGGAUCAACUCCCUACGUUAUGUAUUAGUAGCUGUAACGCUUUAUGAUUUAUACGAUAAAGGAGCCCUUACCCUCUGUACUGUAUGUGCUGCUGCUUCUCAUCAUCUCCACUCUUUUCCCCCUAACCCAAAGUGCCAUUUAGGAGAUGCUUUUAAGCCAUUAGAGCAUUUUUGGUUUGGGAGCUCUUUAUUUAAAGGGGAUGUAAAGUCUUUCCCCCAAAGUUCCGAUUCAGAUAGGACACCUUCAAAGCAGCCACUGUAAUCCUCAAGAGCCGUGUUGCUUUCCAGAGGAUGGGAACGACUGCGGCAAAAAUAAACCAGCACUUCUAUCAUUUUACAUAAUGGCAAAGUGCCUUUUUUUUUUUUUAUCAAAAUCUGCAGAUUUUUGGGAAAGACAUUGCAUCCUCUUUAAUGUGAACAUAUCUGUUUAAGCAUGAACUGCCUGGCUCUGUAUAAACUGUCUGUAACCCGCAUUGACGCUCUCCUUUGUUUGGACUGCUGUAUAGUUCCGCAAUGUCCUGUGUGUGAGUUGUUGCCCCACGGGACAUGGUAUAUUGUAGGUGAGGCCUCACGAGUGUUACACUACCCCCUUAUUAUUUAUUAUUCCUGUCUGGUAACGUCUCCUUAAUGCUUCCCCUCAAUGAGUAUCAGUUGCAUGCAGAUCUCUCUCCCCAUGAAACGCGUAACCUUGUAUUUAUCUAUGUCGACUCUCCGCCACUCGGAACUAGAGCUGCCUCUCUGCCCGGCCUCGAUUCAUGACGUACGGAAAUAGAUGAGGCCCCUCAAGUGGUGCUUUUAAAUGUGCGAUGCCUUUCUCUCUUAUAUUCAUGUUUGCUACUUUCCCAUGUGUAAAUAAACCAGUAAGGUAUUUGUCACUCUUA